AAGAUAUAAUGGGUUUCCAUGUUGAGGCACAGGCGAGGAUGCACCAACCUUGCGCAGCUUGCAGGAUGUUACGCCGUAGAUGUGACAAUAACUGCCUACUUGCUCCAUAUUUCCCGACUCAGGAGCUUCACAAAUUUGUUGGGGUGCAUAAAGUGUUCGGUGCUAGCAACGUUAUCAAAAUGAUUCAGAUGGUUGAGGAAAGAAAGAGAGAGGACGCUGUGAAAGCCAUGGUUUACGAGGCGACAGCAAGGCUUAGAGACCCAGUUUAUGGCAGUGCUGGGUCUAUUUACCAGUUGCAAAAGAUGAUUCAGGAACUGAAAGCACAACUAGAGUCGAUGAAAACUCAGGUAUCAGAGCUGCGACAACAAAAAGAACUGUUGUUAAGUAUUCAUAACAACAAUGUUCAUAGCCACAAUGAUCCUUUAUUCACCGACAAUGACCCAAUCUUUGAUGGUUACUUUGAUCAACUCAUGGACUCAGAUCCAUUUGAUUUUCCUGUACAAGUUGGCUGGGGAUGUAGCAAUACAAAUAAUAUGUCAAUGCCUUCCUGCUAGAACACUAGCUGAUGUACACGUGCGUCCCUGUGUGUAAUUUUUUUUUAACAAAAUUACUUUGUUAACUAUG